AUGGCCAUACUCUUGGAGAAUAUGCUUGUGCCAAACACCUCGCGGGGAGAAAAAUGGAUGGAGAAAUUUGUGGACGAAGGAGUAGGAGGAGAGGAAGAGGACAGCAACAGUGCCCGCAACCAACAAAGAGCGCCAACAGUUCUCGCUACACGUUAUCUAAGACGGGGCUUGGGGACUGAUGAGGUGGUUGACGUCGAAGUUGAUUGCGAAUAUCCAAGUCCGUUACUUAUACCGCCAUUUUCGUUGGUUACUAUUCGUCCAGGGCAUCUCGAUAUUAUAGUGGGAAUCUAG